AUGGCUCGGAAAAAAAGCCACAGAGCGAGUUUUCUAUACGUCGUCGUUUCGGUCUUCUUCUUCGCCUCUCUCUACCACUACCUCAACGGCGCCGUUUCGACAUUCUCCUCCGCCGCUAUCGUCUCCUUCUCCGCCGCCGCAGCAGCCAAAUCCCCCUUCCACCGCCGAUCACUCCCCUCCACCGCCGUCCUCGUCCACGACUGGCAGGUCCUCGUCAUCCUCACGCCGGAAACCCCUCCGCCGCCGGAUCUCACCGCCUACUCCUGCAUAUUCCACACCGGCGAGAUCUCUCCGGCGCGAUUCUCCGGCAUGCUCCCCUACCCCGAUCGAGGCACCUUCACCUGCCUAUUCCCAAUCCGAGCUCGCCGGAGGUCACCUUUUCUACAGCCGAUUUUAUCACGGACGCCGCGGAAAUUACCGGUGACUGCUCCGUCGUCUCCUCUGCCGCUGCCGCUGUGGUCGAAUCUCGUAUACGACUCCUUAACGACGGAAUCCGACGUCGUAUUGUUCGUGAAGGGGAUCCACACGCGGCAGGGCGCAAAUCGGAAACCGACCGAGUUCCGCUGCGUUUUCUUCUUCUCCUCCGCCGCUGCCGCUGACGGCAUCAGAACCGCCGUCACUCAUUCCAAGCAGGAAGUGUUCCGCUGCGGACGGCCGAACAUAACGGCCGUUAACUCCGUUGGCGCGCGAACGGAAUUAGUGAGAGUCUCCUUAGAAAUAGUAGCGGAAAAUCGGGUGGUCCCCUCCGUGGCGUACUACACUCCCCCACGCAGGUUAGCCGCCCACGGCGGGAAGUCGCUACUGUGCGCCGCGACGAUGGUUUACGAUGUGACGAAGUACCUCAAGGAGUGGGUGUUGUACCACGCCAAAAUCGGCGUCGAGAAAUUCCUCCUGUACGACAACGGCAGCGACGACGAUUUAGCUAAAACGGUGGCGGAGCUCGCCGACGACGGAUACGACGUCGCCGCGUACAAUUGGCGGUGGCCGAAGACGCAGGAGGCAGGGUUCUCUCACAGCGCGAUCUACGCUUCGGAGGCUUGUACCUGGAUGAUCUACAUCGACGUCGACGAAUUCGUCUACUCGCCGUCGUGGAACAACCUCACAUCGCCGUCGCCGGAGCUUCUCCAUCUCGGAAUCGCAAAUUCAUCUGACAAAUUAGGUCAAAUCAGCAUCAAUUGCCGCGAAUUCGGACCGUCGGAGCAGAAAAUCCACCCGGUUUUGGGGGUAAUCUACGGCUACGACUGCCGCCGCCACCUCGAGAAUCGGCACAAAUCGGUGGUGCGGCUGAGCGCCGUCGAUGGCUCCCUGAUGAAUGCGAUCCACCAUUUCUACUUAAAAGAAGGAUUCAAAACCAGGAGACUGAACACCACGGCGAUGGUGGUGAAUCACUACAAAUACCAGGCGUGGCCGGAGUUCAAGGCCAAAUUCCGGCGGCGCGUGUCGGCUUACGUGCUCGAUUGGACACAGAAGAUGAACCCUAAGUCGAACGACCGGACCCCAGGCCUAGGGUUUUCUCCGGUUGAGCCGGCUGGAUGGCCGGAGAAGUUCUGCGAGGUCCGGGACGAGGCGUUGAAGGACUUGGCGAUCCGGUGGUUCGGAAUCGAGUCGGAAUUCGGGAUCAAAAUGCCGUGGGAGAGAUGAAAAUGGCCGAUCUAUCUCCGGUGGAAAUUAGGGUUUUGGGAGAGAUUGUGCAUGCAUGCAUAGAUAUUCAUUGUUUGUGUAUAAAUUAAUGGUUGAGGA